UGAAACAUAGAAGGAUGAGAGGCCAUCUUAUUUUAGGAUGAGAGGGCAUCUUAUUGAAACAUAUAAGAUUAUUAAGGGUUUGGACACGCUAGAGGCACGAAAUGUUCCCGAUGUUGGGGGGAGUCCAGAACCAGGGGCCACAGUUUAAGAAUAAGGGGUAAGCCAUUUAGAACGGAGAUUAGGAAACACUUUUUCACAUAGAGAGUUGUGAGUCUGUGGAAUUCUCUGCCUCAGAGGGCGGUGGAGGCCGGUUCUCUGAAUACUUUCAAGAGAGAGCUAGAUAGGGCUCUUAAAGAUAGUGGAGUCAGGGGAUAUGGGGAGAAGGCAGGAACGGGGUACUGAUUGUGGAUGAUCAGCCAUGAUCACAUUGAAUGGCGGUGCUGGCUCGAAGGGCCGGAUCACCUACUCCUGCACCUAUUGUCUAUUGUCUUUCUCUGGCAGCUCAAUCCAGACACGGACUACACUCUGAGUGAAAAAGAUGCCCCUGAGGUCCCUCUUAAAUCUCUCCCCUCUCACUUAAGCCUUUUCCCUCUAGUUUUAGAAUCUUCUAUCCUGAGAAUAAGACUGAUCAUUCACUUUAUCCAUGCCUCUCCUGAUCUUAUACACCUCAAUAAGGUCACUCAACCCCCUACUCUCCAAAGAAAAACAUCCCAGCCUAUCCAACUUCUCGCUAUAACUCAAGCCCACAAGCCCAGAUAACAUCCUGGAGGUGACACAAAGUCUGAAGAAGGGUCCCAUCUGUGGUCCCAUCAGGCAGCAUCUGUGGAGAACAUGGAUAGGUGACAUUUCGGAUCGGGACCCUUCUUCAGAAAGAUGUUGUCAAGCUGGAAAGAGUGCAGAAACAAUUUACAAGAAUGUUGCCAGGACUGGAGGGCCUGAGCUAUAGGUGGAGAGGUUGGGCAGGCUAGGACUUUAUCCUUGGCACACAGGAGGCAGAGGGUUGAUCUUAUAAGGUGUACACGAUCAUGAGAGGAAUAGAUCGGGUAAACGCAGAGUCUUUUGCCCAGGGUUGGGGAAUCAAGAACCAGAGGACUUAAGUUUAAGGUGAGGUGAGAAACAUUUAAUAGGAACGUGAGGGGCAAUUUUUUUCUAUACAAAUGGUGGUGGGUGUAUGGAAUGAGCUGCCAGAGGAGGUAGUUGAGGCAGAUACUAUCACAACAUUUAAGGGACAUUUGGACAGGUACAUGGAGGGAUAUGGGCCAAACACAGACAGGUGGGACUAGUGUAAAUGGGACAUGUUUGUUGGCAUGGCCAAGUUGAGUGGAAGGGCCUGUUUCUAUGCUGUAUGACUCUACAUUACAAGAACCAGUUAGGCAAGUGUGGCUUCCAGGUGCUGACCGAGCAGGAGGUACAACCUUGUCCAUCCAACCGUUAGCAUUAUGAGUACCUGUUCAGGGCAGAGGCAUAGAUGCACACGGCACAGAAACUGGCCCUUCAGCCCAACUCUUCAUGCCCCAUCUAAGCUCAUCCCACCUGCCUGUGUUUGGUUCAUAUCCCUCUAAGCUUUUUCUAUCCACAUACCUGUCCAAAUGUCCUUUAACCCUAACUUCAGUCUGCUUCUCUCCUGUUGGCCAGCUGCCUGUUUUAUACCUACUCCCACCCGCAUGAAUCACCCGCUUAACGUCCCCUCUUCAAACCUCAGGCCAAGACCGUCUACGUACCAUGCAAAGUAGUUGGGACGAUGAUAAUUACCCAUAUCAAUCGCAGAGCUACUUCAAUGUUAUCUACCGCCAAGUGACACUAAAGGAUGUCAGAUUUCUUCAAGUUGAUAUAAAUGUUUGGAAAGAAUCUUUGCUGUUUAAUUAAAAAGCUACCUUGAUAUUGUAGUCAGAGUCAUACAGCACGGAAACAGGCCCUUCGAUCCAAGUCGUCUUUGUCGACCAAGAUGCCCCAUCUACACGGCUCCAACCUGCUGGCAUUUGGCCCGUAUCGCUCUAAACCUUUCUUAUCCAUGUACCUGUCCAAAUGUCUUUUAAAUGUCGUUAUAGUACCAGCCUCAACUACCCCCUCUGGCAGCUCAUUCCAUAUACCCAUAUGUGAAAAUGUUGCCCCCCAGGUUCCCACUAAAUCUUUCUCCUAUCGCCAUAAACCUACGUCCUCCAGUUUUUGAUCGUGUUUAAUAGAUGGAGAGUCUUUCUCUAAGCUGUGUGGAGAGAGUAAGUCAUUAUCUCUUUAUAUUUCUGGUGGAACAGAACGUGCUCAGACACACGGAACCAAAACAUCCUGACUGUUACCUGCUGCCUAUAUGUAUCCAGCACUUCAGAAUCUUCCUUUCCCAAUGCAGCCAUUUACUCCGUUAUAACGAAGAGCUGCUCAAACAACGCAGGAAACACACAAACAGGCACAGGAUGACGGCGGUCCAACAGACCAAGACGAGAGGCACUGAGCAGAUCCAAUGUCCGAGGUUGGACGAAACACCCAGCAGACACAAAAGACUCGAUAAACUUGACCACGGCCUACUGUGCACCAGCGACCUUGGGCUGGAGUACAGAUCUCCACCAGCAAAGGUGGCCUCAAAGACAGAACCUCUGCCCAGGAAAACCAAGGACGAGUUCAAUGUGAGCAAGACAAGAUCCACCUUCAGUCAACCAGACAAGAGCUCAAUCAUCACUAAUCCAAAAUGCUCCUCAGUGAACUGUGGAAAGAACCUUUCUCCUGACACCCACGAUUUAAUGUAUGGAGCCUCGAGAGGAAAGACAGGAUAUGAAAGUCCAGUUGACCUUGAAGAUGCAGAAUACAUUCACGAAGCCUCGUGUUUAGUCGAGAGCUCGGUCCCAUCUUCUAACUCCAGUUUGGACGUACAUUUCACAAAAACGUUGGACUACAUUUCUGCCAGCGAGUCGCAAGCCAUAGAUUACCCAUCACAGCUCACGGCCACACACCCUGCCGGCCAAGAAGAUCACAACAAGGAGUUCCGGCUCCACUGCCAUGAAGCAAACAUUGACCUGCGUGAUGUUCCCAAAUCCAAGGGCUUUUCCAGUAAAGUUUUCACACCAGCCCCUCGUGACUAUCUGAACUUUCCCGUCUCCUUAAUGCUAACCAACUCUGAUAGCCCAUCUUUGAAAACCAAAGUAUUUGACUCAUCUCAGAUCAGUACAUCGAGGAUGAAAAACUCCCAAAAGGAAAUCUCUGCCUCAUACAAAUCCAAAGCUUCAGAUGUAUGGAUGGAAUCAGAAAAAGAUAAUUCUGCCAUGGUCCUUGCCUUUGAAAAGUCUGGCAAAUUCUACAAGGAGGAGGAAAGUAAGCAGACCGCUUUUAGCGAACAAAGCGGUAAACAGGAACAGAAAGGAUUCAGAAACUCCUUCCGGAAGUUGUUCAGGAAGAAGUCAAAUCAAAAUGCCUGCAGUUUGGAGAGCAAGCAGAAAUCUGACCACACUCACGCACAGGACACCGCGAUUGCGGGAAGCCAAGAAGCUGAAGACCCGGCUGUCCCUGUGAGCACCUUUGAUCGUGGCACUGCCGUCUAAUCUCACGUUUGGAAAGAUCUCUGAAAAUUUACAGAAAAACAAAGGCAAUUCGUUGGUAGUGGACAUUGAUUUUUGUACAAAGCUUUUUCCCUUCUCCACAUGCACUAGUUUCAUUGAAUGGACCUGGUCAAGUUGUUUGUCCCAUCUCAGACUGAUCAGUGAGGGUUUCAGACAACUAACAAUGAGUUUUGAUUGUAGAAUGUUUAUAAAUUUGAACAAACUUGGGAUAUUAUACGUGCACAAAAGAAAAUGGAUUCAUUGGCAACGUACAAAUGACACAUUAAAUCAGUACUUUUUUGGAGACAAAAAACACGCCAGUACACAUACAACAAUUCACACAAUGCUGUUGGCUGCUGUGCAUCAAACAGUUUUUUAAAAACAUUUUAUAGGUGCCGGUACAUUGAACUGUCACAAAAGAGCCCUCAUUAAAGCAAUUAAUUCAGAUUAGAUAAUAUGUGGUCAUUUUUGGUAGAAAUGUGUCCCAGCUCAAUUAAGUUUAAAUAUAUUUUAACAUUUGCCCCAGUUUUAUGUAAAACAUUUAAACAUUAAAGAAUGAAUGUAUUUUAGAAUUCUUGAGCUAAGUCUAUUAUUUUGUUAUAGAAACAUAGAAAAUAGGUGCAGGAGUAGGCCAUUCGGCACUUCGAGCCUGCACCACCAUUCAAUAUGAUCAUGGCUGAUCAUCCAACUCGGUAUCAUCCAACUGAUUCCUGGGAUGUCAGAA